AUGGUGUUGGAUCACGGUCGCCUGGUGGGUGCUCUGGAUGCAGUGUUGGAUUCCAAUGCACGGGUCGCUCCGUUUCGAAUUCUGCUUCAAGUACCUGGGUCCCAGGUUUAUUCUCCCAUAGCAUGUGGUGCAACGUUAGAGGAAAUAAACCAGCACUGGGACUGGCUGGAGCAAAAUCUCCUGCACACUUUGUCUGUCUUUGAUAACAAAGAUGACAUUGCCAGUUUUGUCAAAGGGAAGGUAAAGGCUCUGAUUGCCGAGGAGACGAGCAGCAGGCUGGCCGAGCAGGAAGAGGAGCCCGAGAAGUUCCGAGAAGCCCUGGUGAAGUUCGAGGCCAGGUUCAGCUUCCCCGAGGCGGAGAAGCUGGUCACCUACUACUCGUGCUGCUGCUGGAAGGGCAGGGUGCCCCGCCAGGGCUGGCUGUACCUGAGCAUCAAUCACCUCAGCUUCUACUCCUUCUUCCUGGGCAAGGAGCUUAAACUUGUAGUCCCUUGGGUUGAUAUCCAAAAAUUAGAAAGAACAUCCAAUGUCUUUCUAACGGAUACCAUCCGAAUCACCACGCAGAAUAAGGAACGUGACUUCUCCAUGUUUCUGAACCUGGAUGAGGUGUUUAAGAUCAUGGAGCAGCUGGCAGACGUGACCCUCCGAAGGCUGCUGGAUAAUGAGGUCUUUGACCUGGACCCAGAUCUGCAGGAGCCGAGCCAGAUCACCAAGAGGGACCUUGAAGCCAGGGCGCAGAAUGAGUUCUUCAGGGCCUUCUUCAGGCUGCCGAGGAAAGAGAAGCUGCACGCGGUCGUCGACUGCUCCCUCUGGACGCCGUUCAGUCGCUGUCACACCGUGGGGCGGAUGUUUACCUCUGACAGCUACAUCUGCUUUGCCAGCAGAGAGGACGGCUGCUGUAACGUCGUCCUUCCACUCAGAGAGGUAGAGGUGCCUCUCGCCUCUGCUGCCCUACUGUGUGCUUCCUGAAGUGGCCUCUGUCCUUUGAACCCGGGGUGGUUGCUGGCUACCAGGUGGGGCCUGGAAGGGGACGUUCACACAGCAUGGCUUUGCCAUCUGAAAAUACAUGUCUCGAUGACCAGGCUUUUUGAGGGACACGUGGUCUGAAUCAGGCCAUUACCUGUUUGCUUGUUGCUUUCUCUCUUGUUACUAUGGUGAUCUGAAAUUAGCCUAGAUGUGAUUGGUGAGAACAGGGUACCCUAACCUCCACAUUAUCGAUAAAGCUGUUUUUAAAAGUACAUGCCUAGCAAUUAAAGCUUUUCCAGCAGCUCUUAGGAAUGAAUCCUCCCCUCUUACCCACUA